AAGAUAAAAUUAAGAGUAAUGGAAGAUGUAAAGGGAACAGUGUGUGUGACAGGAGGGACUGAGUUCAUAGCUUCAAUGCUGAUCAAGAGGCUUUUAGAAGAGGGUUACUCUGUUCGUACAACUGCUAGACCUGAUACAGAAAACAAAAGAGACCUUAGUUUCGUCACCAAUCUUCCGGGGGCAGCCGAAAAGCUCAAAAUCUUCGGUGCAGAUCUUAAUGAUCCCCAUAGUUUCGAUGCGGCCAUCAAGGGGAGCAAAGGAGUGUUCCUUGUUGCCACUCCUGUGGAUUUCCAGAACAAAGAACCCCAGGAAAUCGUAACCGAAAGGGAAAUCAGUGGAACACUAGGCAUCUUGAAAUCAUGCUUGAAAUCAAAAACGGUGAAGAGAGUUGUAUAUACUUCUAGUUUAGCCACCGUUGUACACAACGGCCAGGAUUCGGACAUGAUGGAUGAGAGUUUCUGGUCUGAUGUGGAUUUCAUUAGAGAAAAAGAAACCCCAAACUUCAGUUCCUACUCGAUUUCCAAGACAUUGACAGAAAGGGCGGCUCUUGAGUUUGUUGCAGAACAUGGAGUGGACGUGGUGACACUGAUUCCUGGUCUUUUUGUUGGUCCUUUCAUAUGCCCCAAGUUCCCUGGCUCGGUGCACAUUUCAUUGGCUCUGCUCUUAGGUACAUGCUACCUACUAUUAAUUUCAUUUUUGCGAAAGGGAGCGAAAGGGAGAUACGAUUGUUCUUCAUGCACCAUGAGUCUUCAAAAGUUGUCUGGAUUUUUAGGUGGCAAGUACCCACAGUUCCCAAUUUCCACACCUGAAUCCUUAGCAGAAAUCAAAGGUAGAAAAAAUCCUGGAUUGCCAUCAUAG